AUGUUCCGACCUAUCGCUCAAAACGCCGUCCGAAUCGCCGCCCGGGGAACCCGUUCGGCCGCUACCCUCCAGACCGAGGGCGUCAAGGGUCAGGACUUCAAGGCUCUCCGAAACGGAGUCAAGGAGCACGCUCACGGUACCACCGACCUCUGGAGGAAGAUCAGCUUCUACGUCUGCAUUCCCGGUAUCGUCGUUGGUGCCCUCUGGGUCAAGCAGGUCGAGGAUGAACACGCUGCCCACCUCGAGCACAUGAAGCACGACAACGACGGCGAGAUGCCCGAGCGAACUGUCUACCCUUACAUGAACAUCCGCAACAAGCCCUUCCCUUGGGGUGAACAGGCCUUGUUCUUCAACCCCAAGGUCAACAUCCCCUCGGAGGCUCCCUGA